AUGACCUUUGAACCGAAAAUCCAAACCCCUCUCACCAAAAUCCUGGGCAUCCCGCACCCGGUUAUGCUGGCGGGCAUGGGCGUGUCGGCUGGGCCACCUUUAGCAGCUGCAGUCACAAAUGCAGGCGGCAUCGGUGUGCUCGGUGGAUUCAGCGCGACGCCCGAUCGACUGCGCGAACUUAUCCAUGAGCUCAAGGAGUUGCUCGUUGAUAAGAAUGCGCCGUUUGGAGUUGAUUUGCUGAUCCCCAAGAUUGGCGGUGGUGCGCGAAAGACGAACUACGACUACAUGAACGGCCAACUCGACGCGCUGAUAACCGUGUGCAUUGAAGAAAAAGCGAAAGUGUUUGUCUCGGCAAUUGGGAUUCCACCCAAACACGUCAUCGACCGUUUACACGCGAACGGAAUUCUCUACAUGAACAUGAUCGGGCACCCGAAGCACGUCGCUAAAUGCGUUGAGGCGGGCGUUGAUAUCCUCGGCGCGCAGGGUUCCGAGGGCGGAGGGCAUACGGGGAAUAUACCGACGGGUAUUCUAGUUACUAGCGUUGCCAAGUUAGUGCGCGGGGUGAAGAGUAAGUUUACUGGUGUGGAUGUGCAGGUUGUGGCCGCUGGGGGGAUUGUUCAUGGGGAGAAUCUGGCGGCGGCGAUUAUGAUGGGUGCAUCUGGGGUCUGGAUGGGCACCAGGUUCCUUUUAGCUAAGGAGGCCACGGUUGCCAGCGCGUUUCAGGAGGCGGUGCGCACCGCGGGGUAUGAUGAUACCAUUCGGACGGUUAUUUAUUCGGGUCGACCACUCAGGAUUAAGAAGACAGCCUAUGUGCUUAACUGGGAGGAGAACCGCCAGGCUGAGAUCAAGGAACUCACUGGACGGGGUAUCUUACCUGUGGCACACGAUGCUGAGCAACAUCCUGAAGAUGACGAGAUCCUUGACAACAUAGUCCCAUAUCUAAUGGGCGUUGCCGCUGCGCAGAUUGACUCGGUGAUGCCUGCUCGAGAUAUUGUAAACGAGGUGGUCAAUGAGGCAGCCGCAAGGCUGAUUGCGGGCACUCAAGCUCUGGUUACGAAGCCGAAGCUCUAG